AAUUGUUUUUUUAUUAUUUUAUUUUUUCAAAUCUUUUAAAAUGGAUACUAUUUUGAAGCCAGUUUUAGAAAAUUAUCCUAAACUUUCUAUAGAAAAGCAAUUAUGUCCGUCUUACGUUUCUAUGUAUACAAAAAACAAAAAUGAAAUAGUGUUAGUGUACGCUAAGGCUAAACAAUCUACUAAUUAUGUAGAAAAUGCGGCCAGAAAUGAUAAUCGAGAUCCAGCAGAGGAAAUAGACCUCACGGGGUCACCUUUGAAGCUGGAUUUGAGUCUGCAUAUGCUGGAUGACACCCUCAUCUCUGAUGAACCACAAUUGUGGAGUAAGGAGGAGGCCUCUCACCAACCUAUUGCUGUUGAGAAGGCUAGAGAAAUAGCAAACUUCUACAACAAACUUAUAGUCCAAGCAUCAGAAGACACGCUGCCUAUGUGGGUUCUCUGCAACCCUGCUUCACCAGGGAGACCAUUACUCCUCACUGUACAGUCCAGUGGGAACCAGUUUACUCGGGGUAUAGUGAGCUAUGAGGAUUCUAUGGUGUUGGAUGAUCUGGACUUAGAUGAGCUGGUGGAAGGAUAUGCCAGGCAGGAGGGGAUAACUGAGGAUUUGGUAUGUACAACAGUGGACUGCAAGUAUCUUCUCGCUGGCAUAUCUUACAGCAGUUCACACAACACGGAUGAGCUUCUGAAUGCACCACACUCCGGUCUCACUGAGCUUCUAUGUGAGUGGACCACUAGAACCUUGCAGACACCGUUCAUCAGCUGCAAAGUUCAUUUUGAACAAGAGGUAAUAGUGGGCCACCUCCUGAGCCCAUGCAGUGCUAUAUGGAAGUCGGUGUGCGCGUUACACAACAUCAACCUGAUGCUGGUGGACAUGACAGCUGCUGGGAGCUCCUCUGUCAACCUGGAACAAACAGCCGUUAGACUCAACAUCCCCGGGACAAAACAGCCUAAUAACUCAAAGCGUCUCAACGAGCUACUUAAUGAGACUGAAACGUACGCAUAUACCGCGGAAUGCCCCGCCGGCGGUUGCAUAUGCAUCACUGAUGAUACCACCACGCUGAAGCAAUGUCUCUCUGCUAUGUCCGCCCAUGGCUCUAGCAAUGACUUCACUUAUAAACUGUGGGAUAUACUUAGAGAUUGCGAGACGGCAGAAGAAGUAAUAACUUUGUUGAUACAAGCUCUCAAGUUCAUAUCUUCUGGGAAAAUACGUCCUUUUAUAGACGCGAACAACAAGACAUACCUAUCAAAACUGGUAUUAAAAUUGUCUCGCGGUCACUCUCAAGCGUCCAAAGUUCUCAAGAACCUCCGCACUAGUCCUCCGCAGGCCCUCUCAUUGAUAGCACAAGUCGGGACUGAGAAGACCAUGUGGGAGUACACUAGAGUCAUGUCGCUUCUGGAACAUUCAUUCUUCAUAGCUGGCAUUUGGAAUAAUGAUAAUAGAACGACACACGAAUCAAUCGAGCAGAUCAACCAAACUAUACAAGACAUGACGAUGAGUGGUGGCGAGAUGACUCUCAACCCGUUCGAGAGUAUAUCCCACGGGGACCUCUCCAUCCGGCUGGAGUGCGAGUCUCUGUACGACGAAGACCAUGACCUCACUGUGGACGACUUCGCCUCGCUCAAGAAACACGGACUCGUGGCCAGCAAGAAGGAUGUCAAUGAGGUGCCAAUAAUAGCGGAUGAGAUAGACAUCAGUCCUUGGAAGAAUCUCUUGAUGAAGUUUGCACAAGUUCACGUCUGCUUAGAACAUUUGUACCGUGCCGAAAUUUGCUUGAGAGCCGACUUUGCCAACCUGAAACCCAUUGCAUCUCGCCUACUAGAACACUACGUCUCAGACAAGUCUCCGGUCAAGACAGUGGGACAGCUGAUGAGUGACCCUGUGCAGAGAAUAUCUAUGCCCAUCGCUAACAAUAUCGUGCAGGAUCAUUUGAAAAAACCAGCAUUCUGGUAUCGCGUUGAAAUGUUCCGGAAGGAGAAAGCGGCUGAUAUGGGCGUGAAGCAGAACUCUAAACUGGUUUACGUGUUCUCUCAACAGGCCGUCUUUCCACCUGCAGUGUGGCAGAACUUGGAACCGCAAUCGGAAGAAGUAGCAGAAAUAACCACAGUGGGAGAAGAUUUGAAAUACCACUCCACAAAAUACACAUAUUUAAGUAGCAAACUUAAAAGUAAAUUGUCCCUUUAGAGUUAAUGUUUCUAGUUUGUAAAAAUAAGUAUUUUUUUAUACAAUACAUUUUACACUAUUUCUACAA